GCAACAAUGUGGACCAAUGUCAUGAACAUGGGCCUACAAAAUCCUACGCCACAAUUAAUGAAGUUAUAGGCUAUGAUAAAAGCAAAGUGUCAUGAAACGACAUAUUAAAUGUUGUGCGAAAGAAGAACAGGAUCGACUUUCAACUGCACAUUUAUUGGAGGUCGGCGAUGACUGUGUUGAUUACUAUGAUCAAACAGAGAGCAAUGGCGGAGUCGGUGCCUGGUCGCAAGAUGCAUGUAGUUACAGGAUUGAUAUUUGCACCAAGGGCAAACUGUCCGGAAAAAUAAUUUCAUAUCAGAGAAGAGAGUGUGCAGAGAAUACAUGUGAUGUCAUAUCGCAAUCUCAGCAUUACAACGACCCUGAGCGGUUCAUUGAACAAUUCAGACGUGACAGAUUGCGCCGUUUCCCCUGUCACACACAUAUCCCUACACAUCCGGGGACAUGGGUGGUGCUGAAAAGCUGCGAGGAAGAGCCCUUCGAUUUUACCAUGCCACCAAUCAGAGGUAAAAACAACAGCGCUACUGGAGACUACUUGGAGCAACAAUAUGCACUUAUAUCUGAAAAAAGAGACACGUUUUCCAAACACAAACAGACGGAUGAAUGUAAAAAGUUAUCUUCUGCAUGUGUUCAAGAUGAUGAAAUGCUCUGUUUUACCUGCCACACUAUGCUAAGGUCAUUUCAAAAUUGUGGAGACAAGGAGCUGUCCUACUAUGAGCCAAAUGGCACAGUCUACUCACCUAUCAACAACAUGGGCAUCAAGCUGCUGACAGUGCAGCAAACACACACCUCGUUGGACGCCUUGCGGAGGAACCAGCGACUCAGGAGCAGCGCUGUCAUCAGGAGGCACCCACGAGCCAAUAAGAGUGCCACCUUAGGGGACAUCUCCCUGUCAACAUUCAAAAACAACGUGGUGUGGUGUAACGGCUAUCGAGAGACCUCUUCCAUGCAGGCCGCCGCUCUCCCUGAUGUUCCCAGUUCUUCAUCCAAGAAAGGAAACAAUAAGGCUAAUCCUUUUACGGUCAAAGGGUUGAGAAGGCUCCCGUCAAGUCAGAAGUAAGUCCUGCAAAAGACAAUGCCAGAGUUGAGCUCUUAGAGUGAAGCUCUAAACUGUUCUUUAAAGCACAUCAGUCCAUUUUUUUAAACAGUUUUCCCAACUGGGAUAAUAAAGUGAUUGAUUGAUUGACUGUGAUUGAUGUGUUUAU